CCUCGUGCUCUUCCCCGAGCCUCCUCGGGCGCCGCCGCUAUGGCCACCCUCCUCCGCAGCAAGCUGUCCAACGUGGCCACGUCCGUGUCCAACAAGUCCCAGGCCAAGGUGAGCGGCAUGUUCGCCAGGAUGGGCUUUCAAGCGGCCACGGAUGAGGAGGCGGUGGGCUUCGCGCAUUGCGACGACCUCGACUAUGAGCACCGCCAGGGCCUGCAGAUGGACAUCCUGAAAGCCGAAGGAGAAGGAGAGCCCGGCGGGGACGACAGCGCCGAGUCGCCCGUCGAGGGAGACAUCCAUUACCAGCGCGGCGACGGCGCGCCGCUGCCGCCCUCGGGCUCCAAGGACCAGGCCUUAGGGGCUGGUGGCGAGUUCGGGGGCCAAGACAAACCCAAGAUCACAGCGUGGGAGGCGGGCUGGAACGUGACCAACGCCAUCCAGGGCAUGUUCGUGCUGGGCCUGCCCUACGCCAUCCUGCACGGCGGCUACCUGGGCUUGUUCCUCAUCAUCUUCGCCGCCGUGGUCUGCUGCUACACGGGCAAGAUCCUCAUCGCGUGCCUGUACGAGGAGAACGAGGACGGCGAGGUGGUGCGCGUGCGGGACUCGUACGUGGCCAUCGCCAAUGCGUGCUGCGCACCGCGCUUCCCCACGCUGGGCGGCCGCGUGGUGAACGUGGCGCAGAUCAUCGAGCUGGUCAUGACGUGCAUCCUCUACGUGGUGGUGAGCGGCAACCUCAUGUACAACAGCUUCCCGGGGCUGCCGGUGUCGCAGAAGUCCUGGUCCAUCAUCGCCACCGCCGUGCUGCUGCCCUGCGCCUUCCUCAAGAACCUCAAGGCCGUGUCCAAGUUCAGCCUGCUGUGCACCCUGGCCCACUUUGUCAUCAACAUCCUGGUCAUCGCCUACUGCCUCUCGCGGGCGCGCGACUGGGCCUGGGAGAAGGUCAAGUUCUACAUUGACGUCAAGAAGUUCCCCAUCUCCAUUGGCAUCAUCGUGUUCAGUUACACGUCACAGAUCUUCCUGCCGUCGCUCGAGGGCAACAUGCAGCAACCCAGCGAGUUCCACUGCAUGAUGAACUGGACACACAUCGCCGCCUGCGUGCUCAAGGGCCUCUUCGCGCUCGUCGCCUACCUCACCUGGGCCGACGACACCAAAGAGGUCAUCACGGAUAACCUGCCUGGCUCCAUCCGCGCCGUCGUCAACCUCUUCCUGGUGGCCAAGGCGCUCUUGUCCUACCCGCUGCCUUUCUUCGCUGCCGUAGAGGUGCUGGAGAAGUCGCUCUUCCAGGAGGGCAGCCGCGCCUUCUUCCCCGCCUGCUACGCCGGUGACGGGCGCCUCAAGUCGUGGGGGCUGACGCUGCGCUGCGGGCUCGUCGUCUUCACGCUGCUCAUGGCCAUCUACGUGCCGCACUUCGCGCUGCUCAUGGGUCUCACAGGCAGCCUCACCGGCGCCGGCCUCUGCUUCCUGCUGCCCAGCCUCUUCCACCUGCGCCUGCUCUGGCGCAAGCUGCUCUGGCACCAGGUCUUCUUCGACGUCGCCAUCUUCGUCAUCGGCGGCAUCUGCAGCGUGUCCGGCUUCAUACACUCUCUGGAAGGUCUCAUUGAGGCCUACCGAACCAACGCCGAGGACUAGGGCGGGAGGGCCACCCCCCAGCCCCCAGCCGUGCCCCCCGCCCCCCAUGCUCUCUCGAAGUCCUCCUGCCUUCCUGCUCCUCCCCUCCCCAGCUCCGUGCGCCCUGCCGCCGCGCUUGGGAAGCCAAGCUAUCAACAUCUCUGGUUCCUAGUUUCUGAUUCUUCGGGGAAGGGGGGUGGGGGAUGGGAGUCCACGAUCCAUCCCGUCUGCGUUUCUGUUGUUCUUUCUUUUCCACGCCGCCCUGGUUUGGGGGAGGCUGCGGUGGGGCGCAUUGGUGGGUCGAGUUUUCAGUCCCUCUGGGAGGCCCCCUGGCUCCGACGCUUAGGGCCCCAGCCACGGUUGGGGGUAGGAAGGGAGAAAGAGGGCAGGUACGGGAACUUGACCUUGGAGGGGGAGGGUGUAUUUCAGAGCUAUCCACUGCUCGGAUUCUGCCAUGUCCAGCCAUCUCCAGCAAGAGCGCUUCCCUUUCCGGAGACAUUUCCACCCUGCAGCGGGAAAGGCUAGCCGGGAAGUCCCAUUUCGGGCGGGCGAGUUCCUUCGGUGAAUCAGAGAGGCUGGGAGACGAGCCAGCCGCGGCGGAGCCGGCUUGCCUGCAGGUUUUCAGGAAUCCAAACUCAUCUUGUGCAAUUUAUCAGAUUGUGGAACUGUUCUGUGCGUGUGGUGUGCUCGUGGUGAAUACGAUGAAAUGUAUAUCAGAAAAAAAAUCUAUCUCUAACUUAGAGUGCGGUGCAUAAUUACAUCCGCAAAUAAAGAAGAAACCAAGG